AUGGGCAAGCCCGUCGUCCCUCGAACCGGCCGCGCCACGGCGCGCAUCAACGGCACCGUCGUCGCGGAGGCGACGGAGUGGCGCGAGACGGAAGGAAACGUGUAUUUCCCGCCGGAGAGCGUCAAGAAGGAGUAUUUGCAGGGCACGAACUUGACUACCUAUUGUCCGUGGAAGGGGGAUGCGAGCUAUUACAGCAUUGAUGUUGGCAGUGCAAAGCAUGAGAAUGCGGCGUGGUAUUACAAGGAGCCUUUGGCGGGGGCUGUUGAUUUGAGGGAUCAUGUUGCUUUUUACAAGACCAAGGUUGAUGUUACGGUGGAGUAG